CUUUCCCCUUUUACUAGUGCAUAUGUUUUUGAGCAUAUAGACUGAGGUGAGGUUUCAGGAAAACAGCUGACUGCACAUUGUGUAGUGAUGUAGUCGUGGCUAUGUAAGAAUAAUGUUUCUCAUAAAGUCCAUGACAUUUUUCAACUGAAGACUACAACUACAUGUGGAGGGCCAAGUAGUUUAUCCUCAACUAAGUUACACAAUUAGAGAAGAAAAUCAUCUGAAAAGUGUUAAAGUGCUGGUGGGAAGCUCAAAGUGAGACCUGGCCGUCUGCAACCUUUUAAAUGCGGGAAACAUUUGCUCAAGGCGAAACGUCUUUAAGAAAAUGUUAGCGUGCUCAGCUAAGUGCCAUAGCAUUCAAGAGCUAAUAACCGAUUUAUUUAGAGGUAUUUUGUAAACUUUCAUAAACUGAAGUGACAAGUGUUGACCUAUUGGUGGUCCUGGCAAUCCAUCCAACUGUUAAGGAAUAUCUACAGCAGAACUGUAAUUUGGCCAAAAAUGCCCUCAGUCUAAAAAACUAGCAUGCUUAAAUGUGUGGUUUAAGUUUGUAAAUGGAUUAAAUAAAUCAAACAUAGUAUAGUCAACAAGUAUAGUCUUUAGAUUGGAUACAUGCACAUACUCAAAAAGCACCACUCUCUCAUCUGUUUUUUAAGAAUUCUCAUGCAGAAAAUACACAAAUCUGUUUCAAAUUAACAUAUUAACAUUUCAUUACAGUCUCUCCCAUCUCUAGUUUCUUGUUAAAGAUACUCAAGACAAGAGAAUAGUUUAGCUUUACCUUAUGGUACAGCUCACGACAGUGGAACAGCUCCAGGCUGAACGUUUAUUGUGUGCUAUGGUAUAACUGGAACUAUAUAGGAUCUUCAAGCUGUACUUGGAUCCUUGAAUAAAUGACGCCCACAUCUGACUUGAAUGAUAUAAACAUGAUGUUCUAAUUACGAGAUAAUAUUUUCAGCUUUUGCAUCCUGUUUUAAUUCAGAUUUUCUUUUAGAGACACACACACAGAAAACAACGCUGUCUUGCCUGACUAAACGGAUUAACAGGGGAUUUGGACAUUAUUUGAUCAUAACGCGAUGAUAAAUCCAAUAUCAAAAUUGUUUUUAUUGAAACUUUAAUUUCCCCCACUAAUUACCAAUCCUUUGGAUAAAUUGGUCUUGAAGGAUUUCCAUUUAUAAUUAAUGUUGACAGCACAGUUAUAACACAAUGCACAAUGAUAGGCAUUAUUUCUUUAAAUAUAGAAUAACAUCACUUGGGAAAAAAAUGUAUAUUUACUGUUACAUAUUUGGCCUUACUUUUAUGUGCUAUGACUAAAAACCUGCCAAGUCCUUUUGCAAAGAAGUUCCAUCUGUGUUUCCUCAGGUUCCCUCUCCCCUCAAAGGGGAUGUAAUUGUUUCAUGAUUAAGCUCUAUUACUCACUGUACGACUUCUAUUUUCAAAUCAGCAUGUUGUUUUGCGUUUUCUAAAAGAGGGGAAGCAGGCUGGGGAAAACAAACGUAAUUCCUGAAACUCUGCCUCCAAUUCCUGUUCUGGUGAAAGGACAUGAAUGGUGAAGCCCUUUCUGAAGACAAUCUGCAGGAUGUUAAUGGCUCUUCUCUGGCUGCAGGCGCCAGCACAAAUAUAUGUUAACUUUCUCCCCAGCUUGAACACUGUAAUUGACAAAAGUAUAGUGAGUACCUGGAGCAGGCAGGAACAAGAGAAAGAAAAGAAAAAAAAAAGGUUUAAGGAGAAUGAUGGUGAACAAAUAACAGGGUUUGUCAGACUUUUUACAUGUUGAAACAUACAUAUGUAUAUAAUAGAUGAAAGCAUGCUGCGAAUUAAAGGUUAUAUUUUAAACUAUAACUAAGCUGCAUUGUUUUAUGUAAGAAAUAACACUCUACUAAUUAUAGCGUCUAGUCUGGAUCAUUAAUUUCUCUAUACCAUAACCCCCCAACUGCUCCAUAGCCUCCACACCACAACAAUAAACAGCAAACCAGACAUAGAGUGGCCGUGCUAAUGAUAAGGAAUGACACAGUAAGAGAAAACAAGGCUGUUAAAAAGCAGAUGUCUGUACCAGUUCACAGAUGGGAUUGAUACUGACAUGGCUGGAGGUGAUAUGGUGUAGUGUAGGUUCAACAUGCAAAUGGAAAAAUGUAUGUGCUCCAAUGAGACUGGGUGGCUGGGGCUCCAGCUGCGAGGAGAGGGGGGAUAUUUACUCUAUACCAACAACAUAUUCUGCUCAGUCUGAGAAAGACACAAGCAACGUGAGCAAGGAAGGAGGCAUCGUCUCUGAUCAACCAACUGGUAGGUAUACUGUACCUACUUUACUUUUAAAAAAGUGGAGCAAAGAGAAUACAUCUCUACAUGUCCUGGUGUACUGUAGUGUUGGUUGCAAAAUAUUUCAUAUUAUUCAUAUGAUUACUGUCUUGGGAUUGGGUAAUCAUGAAAUAUCCUAAAUGUGACAUCAUAAUAACUCUAAAUUACAUUUUUUUUUCCCCUGGGUUUUCUAUCAGUGAUCAUGCGGACAGUGGUGCUCCUCCUCAUAAUGGGAAUAGUUGAUCUGAGCAUCAGCCAGCGUUACAGCCAGUUCCAAUGGCUGUCACAUCUGCGAGGGCGGCGGUGGCACGCCAGCUGGCAGGCCGAGGAAGUGGACUGCCCCCUGGAGUGCGACUGCCCCUCAACCUUCCCCACAGCCAUGUACUGUCACAGCCGCAACCUUCAGCAUGUUCCCUACGUCCCCUCACAUAUAAAGUAUGUCUACCUGCAGCGUAACCAGAUCACAGGCAUCCAGGAUGGGGUGUUUGACAACGCUACCAACUUGGUCUGGGUUGUGUUGUUUCACAACCAGCUCAACUCAGACAAGAUCGGCAAGAACGUCUUCAGCAAGCUGAAGAACCUGGACCGGCUGCUCCUGGAUCACAAUGAGCUCACCCGUGUGCCUUCUAACUUGCCCAAGUCUAUCACAGACCUGCGACUUGGUCACAACAAGAUCUCGAAAAUCCUCCCAAACUCGUUUGAUGGGAUGGCCGACCUCACUACCCUUCAGCUCCAAGCAAAUGUCAUUGAGGAUGUUGGAGGUGUGUUCAAGGGAUUGAAGUCUCUGACCAUGCUGGAUAUGAGGAAAAACAAGCUGAGGAAAAUCCCUGACAACCUCCCUGAGCAGCUGCAGCAGCUCUACCUGGAGUUUAAUAGCAUAGAGAGUGUGCCGGUAGGCUUUCUCAGCAUGUAUCCCAAACUGCAGUUUGUCCGUUUGGCUCAUAACAAACUGACAGAUAAAGGACUUCCAUCCAGUGUCUUCAAUAUCAGCACACUGGUUGAGCUUGACCUGUCCUUUAAUAAACUGGAGAAGAUCCCUGUUGUCAGUAGGAACCUGGAGAACCUUUAUUUACAAGCCAAUAAAAUCAAAGAGUUUUCCCUGAGAAGUUUCUGCAGUACAAUCGACAUGACAAACUUCUCCAAGCUGAGAAUGCUUCGCCUCGAUGCCAAUGAGAUCAGUGCCAGAGACAUUCCUGCUGAAGCUGCCUACUGUUUGCGCCGUGUUGCCUUUAUUGAUGUGUAGCCUUUGCUCGUCUCUCUUGCUGAUGUGUCUCAAUUCAAUCCAGGGCGUUGCUCCUUCUGUAACACUCAUACCUCAUGUCACCUGACACUAUAUUUACUUUAUGUCAGUCACUGUCCUCUCUAUCAAAACAUUUUUGAGAUAAUGUUUUGUUAAACUGUUAUAAGAGCUACUAUCAUUAUUAUUCCAAAUGUUUAAAAAGUCCUAGCAUUAGUCAACGGGAAAUACCACAGUUGUAUAAUCAUGUAUCCAGAUGAUGGCAAAUGGAUGACAAAGGGAUGACAGACAUCCGUUCAACAAACUAAUUAGAUUAUCAGUUCCAGUAUUCUGGCGAAAAUAAUUCUCCAUAAAUACGUUGUAGCUGAUGACAACAAGUUCUGCUUGUGUCAUGUCUGGCAAUGUAUAACCUGUAUAAAACUGCCAGUCAUCAGUGUGAGAUUCAGUUUGGCUAUUUGCCUCCACCAUGCGGCACAGGAUGAUAAAACAGUAGGUUGAGCAGUGACGAUUUUCAUUAUCUCCCCCAAGGAGGUUAUGUUUGUUUAUUCGUCAUCAGGAUUAUGCAAAAAAUACUGAACUGAUUUGGACCAAUCUUGGUCGAGGGAUGGGGCGUAGGCAAGGAAAGAACCCAUUACAUUUUUUUUAUCACUGUGCCUUACCAUUGCGAAAUAGGGUGUUCUUUGACUUUUUUGUCAAUAUUUGGCCUCGGCGGACGCCAUUCUAGUUGUUAUUAUUUGGUAAGGCCACUUUUUAACCUACAACCAGUGCAUAUUUAAUAAACAGUUUACUACUUGUUGUGACAUCUUUAGAAUAAUUUUACUUUAAAAACUGCUCAUAAAUUUUCCAUCAACAUGUAACAUUUAAAGUUAAGUGAUCAACUGUUUUGCUAACCAUAUGUUGUUUUCCAGACUGUCAUUACUGUGUUAACUGUUACCUAAUGUUUCAGUUGUUUUUUUGGGGUUUUUUUUUUGGGAACUCUGUUUCAGUAACUCACUCACUUUUGAAAAAUUUGUGCAGGUUGUAAUUUCUGAGCCAGUGCACAUUGUACUGUAUAUCUCAUAGAAAUAUGUACUUGACAGAGAGAUUAAGUCAGUAAGCUUUUUAACCUGUGACUUGACAUGACUUGAUUUAUAUCAACUUUGUGAAAAAACUUUGAAUAAUGCAUUUUUGUAUAAAGUGAAUUGUUUAUCACUUUGUACCUAUUAUUACAUCUGAGUGGGGAAAAAAACGGAUAUAUUUUUAGCAUCAACAAAAUGUUCUGUUUCAUCUAAUUUGAAAAUAAAAGAGACUGAGAGUAUGGGAGAGAGAAAAAUGCAGCAGCCUUAUUAACAAUUCUAAAAGGACAGCUCCUACGUAUUUAUUGUUGAGGACAACUUUCCUUUUCAUCUUCAACAGCUGCCUUUAAUCCUCUGCAGAAAGGCACUAAAUUGAAUUAUAGAAAUACUUUCCUUGUUUGGUAAUUGAGCAGUGUCUAGGGAUGAAGAAUGGAUUACUGCCAGUGCAACAGUGGUUUGCACACUGAUAAGCGGUAGCCUGUGAAAUUAAGUGAGUUAUAGAUCAUGUUAUAUUGCAGGCUGCACACAGUUCUGCAGAGGCUGUGGGGUAGGGCUGUGUUGUUUUUACUCUUCUGCUUCCUACACCGUUUCUUCAAAAACAAAGCAGAGGCUAGCACACAUGCACAUGAUGACAUGUCGGAAUCUUUCAACAUGAUUUACUAAUGUGGUCUUCUUAGGCUGGACCAUCACGGAGUAAACACUGGUGAAAGUCAUGACAGCAUUAGGGAAUACACAUACACUGCCCUCCUUCUCUCAGUCAGUGUUAUUCUGUUACAUGUAGUAAUGAUUAAAUGUCAUGUAUGCAUAUGUGUAAACUGUAGUAGCCGUUAAACCCAUCAAUUCCUGUCCUUCCCUGUGCAGUGAAGACAUUACUUAUGAAGCUGCAGCAGCGACUGGUGUAUAUCUAUCGAAAUUGUUUCUCCACCUCUCUGCAAGUAAGAACAACUCAGUGUGUUUGACCAAUAACAGAAUAUUCUCCAGAGUUCAUGUUGAAACUAUUAAUACUGUUUUGCAAUGAAACUCGAUAUAAAAAUCUUUGGUCAUAACUUUGGUCAUAUUUUAAACAUUAAAAUUGAAUUACUUAAAAGUUG